AUGGUCAACGCCGAGCUGCGCAGGCAGGUCGUCAAUGUGUACAAAGAACUCCUUUUUCUGGGCCGCGAGUAUCCUCUAGGUUAUAAAUACUUUCGAGAUCGUCUCCACCGAGCUUUUGCAGGCCAGGCCCAUCUCCAAGACGAAGAAGAGAUCCGCAAAGGCAUUGCAAGGGCUGAGUUCGUGAAAAAGGGUAUGUUCUUCCAUUCCCUGAAGUCUAUAUACUGGUUCGAUGUUUUGAAUCCAAUACUACCUGAAGCGGUACCGGACGCUCAAACAGCGGUAUGA